CAAUAAUAACAGCUGUAUAAAGAGUGACUGCAAUGUCGUCGGCUAUGUGCCCUUAUCAUAAGAUAUCUUAAGCUUAAUCGGCUGGGUGGUCGAGGCAGUGCGUCUAUUCGGUUUUAAUAGGAAAGAUUUGAUCAGUCUGAGGUUACAGACUGUCAUAAUACAGGUACGGGAAGUGCUGUUUGGGAUAGUUUAUUGGGAUAGUGUUUAGUACCUGCACGCUAGCCUUACUCCAAAUUUAGCUUCCCGGUAACUGCUCAGUGAAAGCUUUCCUUUUGUUUUCUUUUGACUAGAAUGCGACAGCAUGACGGAAACCAGGACAACAGUCUCUCCCAGCAGUAAUAAAGUGACACCUAAUACAGUACCACAGUUUAGAAAAGUCUAAAUCCCGGCGCUGUUUAUUGACACACCGGCUGAACAGCCUACACAUUCUCGGUGUCAAAAUAAGAGUAUCCGUGUUGUAGAGAAGGUCGUCUGUGCGCUUUUUUAGCUGACAAAUGUAGAAGUAGCCAUGAACAAGACCUGCAUUCUUCUGCUCACUUUUAAUGGUAAAUUUCCACAGUCUUUACUAGCCUUGAAAAUUGCUGUUGCGGUUCAAUAAUAACAACUUUUCAGUGCUACGUUCAGUGCGUACGGAGAGCAAGCAUCACGUCUCUGUCAUUUUCCCUACCGGUACCUGUAUUUUGCUUAAACUACCGGUCAGUGACUGUCUGAAUAAGGACUAAAUAAAACAAGGCGUGAAAGCGCCUGUCCUGUUCGGUUUUCAGUCGUAAAUACGGAGCACAAGCGCACAGAGACAAGAUGUGACCGUGCUGAAGUCUGACUCUAGCUUGUCUUACAGCAAUCUCACUGACAUCUACAGAGCAGCGAGAUGGCCUUUAAGAAUAUCUUUGAAAAAAGAAGAAUGUAUUGAAAUCAUUCUCAUGGCUGGAUCGGGAAGCUGUCGCAAGUAGUGAUGGCUAUGCAGCAGAAGAAAAAACACCAGCCAGUUGGGCAUGUGGAAGCUCCAGAUGGAGGUUGGGGCUGGGUGGUUGUGGUUGCACUCUUCAUGGCUUCAGCCCUGGUUUUUGGGCUCAUCCGCAGUCUGGGGGUUUUCUUCGUGGAGUUUGUGCAGUACUUUGGGGAGAGUGCUCAGGCUGUUUCCUGGAUAACCUCUAUAGGAGUGGCCAUGCAGCAGUUACUUAGUCCUGUAGGCACGGCUGCAUGUAAUGCAUAUGGAGCUCGUCCUGUUGUUAUGAUGGGAGGCUUUCUUUCUGGACUGGGGCUCAUUCUGGCUUCUCAGGCUACAACACUCACACACCUCUACCUGACCAUGGGACUCAUUUCAGGGUCAGGCUGGGCUCUAGUCUUCACCCCUACAGUGGCCUCUGUGAUGCAGUAUUUCAGCACACGGCGUUCUCUAGCCAUGGGCCUUGGCUUCACGGGUGUGGGUUUAUCCUCCUUCGCUUUCUCUCCACUUUUCCAGUACCUGGUACAGUUGUAUGGGUGGCGUGGGGCGCUUCUGAUUCUCGGAGGUCUCAGCCUCAACAUUGUGGCCAGCGGUGCUCUUAUUCGACCACUCAGACACACUAAAGUUGUGGAAAGGAGUAAAAGCAACAGUGUGUCAGACAGCUGUAUGUCUUUCUUUUCCCGCUCCUGUGAGUAUUUUGAGCUGUCACUGCUCUUGCACCGAGGCUUCCUCACCUACAGCUUGGCCGUCACGUGCUUCAAUGCUGGGUACUUUAUCCCAUAUGUCCACCUUGUGGCCCACAGCCGCCUUGUGGGCUUCAGCGAAUUCCAGGCUGCAUUUGUCGUUUCCAGCACGGGUGUGACAGACAUUGUGGGUCGUGUGAUGUCCGGCUGGGCCUCGGAUUUGCGGCGCAUGCGCUCACUCCACUUACUGACCAUAUGGACAGCUUUAGUGGGUCUGUUCCUCCUGCUGCUGCCCCUCUGCUCGCUGCAAGGGAACUAUGGGGGUCUGCUGGCAGUCAGCCUGGCAUAUGGCUUCUGUGCCGGUGCUAUGACCCCACUGGUGUUUUCUGUGGUGCCAGAGAUUGUGGGCAUGGAACGCAUGGUCGGUGCACUCGGACUCCUGCAGCUUAUUGAGAGCGUCGGAGGCCUACUUGGAGCUCCACUGUCAGGCUGGUUGAGGGACCUCACAGGUUCUUACAUAUGUUCCUUUGUGGUAGCUGGUGGAUUUCUCAUCUUGGGUACCAUAAUAACAACGACUCUUCCCUAUUUCUGUUCUUGUACCGAACCCCCACCCCUGUCCCCAAAAAAGACCAAAAAUGAGUUCACUGAAGAUGAGCCACUUAAACAGGUGUUAUCCUUGGACUUCACAGAGAAUAUACAAAACACAGACAGGAUUCCAGAAUCACUUCCUUCUCAAAACCAUAUAACAGAACCAAGUCUGGAAGUGGAAGGCACACCUCUCAGUGCAAACCAGACAGAAGACGAGGCUACUUGCUGAUUGGCUGGAGGAGCAGUUUGGGCUUGCCACAGGAAUCAUAUUAAAUAAGGUUGCUGAUUUUAUGCUGCUUAUUCUUUUUACUGUGAAAGAACUCAUUGUGGUACAGCGUUUACAGAGAAACUGUCAGUAGCAGGUAAAUGUAAACCUGACAAAAACUACCAUUAUCAAAAAUUUUAUACCACUUCCGUUCCCUUUAGGAAUAAAGAUCAAGCCAGAAAACUCAGCCAGUUUUUAGGGUCAGACACCAAAUUCAUCUUUGUUACAAUCUUUAUAUGUUAAUUGUUAUUGUUUGCAUCUAAACCAACCCUGUAGACUCAUGUGCAGCAGUGCUAUAGGCUUUCAUACCAAUCAAAUAUAGGAAAUUGCUAGAACAUAUAGGAAUCGACAAUGAUCAUAGAAACCACAUUAAAAAUGGAACAUAUCACAUUUUGGUGACAGUUUAUUGCUUUGCUGGCAGAUUAUUGGACCUAUUGCUGAACAGCUCUCACUAAACUGAUUAGCCCAGCAAUAGUGUCAGUCUGUAAUACACACAGCAUUGUUCUGUAUCUUCAAAGGGUAUCUCAUGUUGUGUCAACAUUAGGAACAGUUCCGCUUUUAAUGCACAGUAUACUCUUUGUUACACAUAGGGAAAGACCAGUGUUUCCCCUAAGCAGUCCAGAGAUCAGCUGAGCUGUGGCAGCUGCAUGGGGUCCUAUGACUGUGUAGUAAUUGUGGUCACUGAACUACGUGAUGCACUUCAUCCACUGAAGUGUUCUAGACUUGAACUCACCAAGAAGGAUUUUUUUUUUUAAUUAAAAAUGUCGGUAUGUAUUUGAAGAAGAACUUGAAGCAUUGUAGGUUUCAGUAGUUUGCUACCAGAGUAUACUAAACCAGCAUCAAUAAGACAAAUAUUUUUUAAAAGAAGACAAAUAUUUUUACACAAUGUACUCACAUGAAUUCUAGCUGAAUGGCACUACCUGAAUGUCACAGCAUACAUUUGCACUAUUUUUCACACUGAAACCUUUUCCCAUAUGGGUUUUAUUCACUGUCUACUUGAAAAUAAAAAAAAUGCUGCAUUUUUAGUCAGAAUUGUAGGUGCGUAGACAUGCUAUGAAGAUGACCUUUAUCCUGGCAUCAGCAGAG